ACCUUGGCCAGGCAGCUACCGGUGCGAAAAGGAUAUAAGCCACGAAAACUCUUCGACUUCUAUACUAACCAACAAGAUCACUCACACCAGACUACCUUCGAUCAACUUCUCACCCCUCCUUCAAGCCUUUCUUACUCCAACAUGUCUAACGUCAUGAACUUUCUCCCUCUCCUAGACUCGAGCCGCGACUCCGAGACUCGAACCGAUGCCGAAAUCGCCUCCAAACUGACUACGGAGGCACUCAGAGAAGAGCUCGCUCGCCGACAACACCACGAAGUCCCUUUCACCUGGUCCGAAGAACUCGUCACCCCUUCUGGAGCUUGGGCCUUCCAAACCGAAGCUUCUCUCAGCGACACCGCUGUAGCAUGUGCCUCCCUCGCGGCCACCGGUAAUCGUCGAAUUGGACUCUGCGCCGCCUCGAUCAAAGGUGAUAGCAGUGAGGAAUCCGAAGUGCAGACCUUGAAGAACAAGGUCGAAGGAGUUAUCACCAACCUUUCGAAGAUUAUAGAGGCGGCGUAUAGAGUCAUGCGUCCCACUCUCUAUCUCGAUGCCUCAUUCGAUGCCUUGACAGAGGAAUUUGGGGCCCUUUUGACGGCGUUGAAGGAGCAGAAGAGGCCAGUACAGGAGGAUGUUGAGGUGCCUAAGGAGAGACCACAGGAGAGUUUGCCAGAGACGGAGAUUGUGGUUGUUGAGACUGAGGAGGGUGUUGCGGAGAUGGUUGACACGAUCACUGCAUGUCUCGAGGGAACGGCAGCAUGCGAGGCCAAGGAGCCGCAACUUGCUGUUGAUUUGGAGGGUGUGAGUCUGGGGAGAGACGGCGACAUCUCCAUUGUCCAAAUCUUCCUCGCUCCGAAGAAGGUCUGCUUCCUGGUCGACGUUUUUACUCUGGGAAGCGUGGCCUUCAAGACGGCUGGCAGAGUCUCGAGAACCACGACUAUCGCAUCUCUUCUGGAAGACCCACAGGUCAAGAAACUCCUCUUCGAUUGCCGCACCGACAACGAAGCUCUGGCACACCUCUACGGUGUCCAUAUGCGUGGAGUUGUGGACGUACAACUCAUGUACUCCGCAACACGAACCGAAACUCGACAGAGAACGAAGCUGUUCGCUCUCAGCUUGGUGGCGACACGCUGCGCCAACAUAUCCAAAGACGACGAAGCAAACUUCCAUUCGAUCAACAACUGGGGAAUGGCCGCUCUGGUGUUGGGAGGAAAGACAACCCAGUGUUAUAUGGAAGAGCAGAGAAUGAAUGCUCUCGUUCUGAAUGAAGAGCCUGAUAUGAAGGACGCUUGGGAGGACUUCAAGGUGAGAGUGGAUUGUGUGAAGGAGACGGAGGGGUACGCGAUGUGUAAUGAGAGGCCACUCAGCUCGCUUGCUCAGAGAUACUGCGCACAAGACGUGGCAUUGCUGGGGAGGAUUUGGAGGUAUUGCCGCGACCACGAAGCGUGGAAUCAAGACUGGGAGGAGCGAGUGAGCAAGGAGACGCAGAGCAGGCUGGCAAUGGCUGACCUUCCCACAUCGACGCUCUCUUCUAUGACGAGAGACGACUGGACCAAAGCUCCAGAAGGAUGGGCUGAAAUCGAGCAGGUCAGCCGAGUUACUGGAAAGGUCAUAAAGAAGGGGAAAGGAAAGUCUAAGGCAAAGGCGACGAAGGUCGACAGUGGAUCCUGGUAAGGCCAGGUCGCAGACGAGAAAGACAGAGAACCAGAGAAAUGAAAAGUCGUGAAAUUUUCACACAAAAACCCUUUGCGUUGCGAUUUGAAUGAUAAAAGUAUAUGCUUCAGAUCUAAAAAAAGUAGAAAAGCACCCCGCUGCUAUUGAGUUUGGUUGUAACAGCGCAGAGAUUCGCAACGCUUUCGACAAAAAUGCAAUGCCCUCCAUCGAUGUUGCUUGAUGAAUUGAGUCGAAGUACCGCUUGCUGGCUGUCGAAAUUGCUUGAUGCGCACCGCUUCCUCCAUCACCGCUUACAUCAAAGUGCAGUCGGUGUAGUAAGGGCCCUUCUUGCCCUGCAGAACGCAAUCGGUGUAGUAAGGACCCUUCUUGCCCUGAAGAACGCAGUCGGUGUAGUAUGGGCCGGACUUGCCCUUCUUCUCAGCGAACAUUUCGGUGGUGGCGAACAUCUUGUUUGGUUGGUGGGCUGGUUGGGUUGGUUUGUUGGUGUUGGUGACUGGCUAGCUAGUUGUCGUAGUGAGUGACUGGUGGUGAGUGAGGGGUUGAGAUCUUGGGUUGGGGGAUGGGUUCUUAUAUCGCUACAUUGCUGGUUUUGAAGACAAUGGGUUGCGGUUAGUGAUUGUGCUGCUGUUCGCGGUCGCCGAGCAUGUGUCUAGAGCGCUGGGCGGUGGAGAUUGUGGAUUUGGGGUGUUAGUAUUGUAGUUGCGGUCCGGACGUAGUCAGCCGAACAAAGGAAAUUUUUGAGAAGUUCACCUGUGCACAUUUUCCAUUGUUCUCAUGCAAUGAAUUGUUCCCUUGCACAAUCAGAACGCAUGGCUUGGCUUAGUCUCGUGAACAGUAAGGCUGGCUGUGCAAUCGCGGCUAGACUUGAACUUGGAGAUUUUGCACGAUCC